AUGUCGCACAUUGAUUAUGCCCUCUACGAGUCCCCUGUGGGCUAUGCCCUCUUCCAGGUGGUGCAUCAGUCUGAUGCUGUUGGAUUGAAAUUGAAGGAGACUCAGGCCGCCGUCAAUGACCUCGCCAAGUUUGGCAAGAUGGUCAAACUGACCAAUUUCAGUCCUUUCCGCGGCCAUGUCGAAGCCCUGGAGAACAUCAACCUCGUCUCCGAAGGCAUUGUUUCCGAAUACCUCAAAUCCGUCCUCGAGCUCAAUCUUCCCAAGGCCGGCAAAAAGACCAAGGUUGUUUUGGGCGUCUCGGAGAAGAACCUGGCCGGUGCCAUCAAGAGCGAGUUCCCUGGACUGGAGUGCGAGACCGCCGAUACCUCAGAUAUCGUUGGCGAUGUCAUCCGCGGCCUUCGCCUGCACGCCGACAAACUGCUGAAAGAUCUGAAGCCGGGCGAUAUCGAGAAGGCUGGCCUGGGUAUGGGGCACGCCUACUCCCGCGCCAAGGUCAAGUUCAGCGUCACCAAGAACGACAACCACAUCAUCCAGGCUAGCGCCACCAUCGACUUUCAGGACAAGGGCGUGAACCAGUUUUUCAUGCGUGUCAGGGAGUGGUACGGCUGGCACUUCCCGGAGUUGGUCAAGAUUAUCCCUGACAAUUUGACCUACGCCAAGCUUGUUCUCGCCAUUGGAGACAAGAAAACUCUGAACGACGAGAAGCUGCACGAUCUGGCUGCCAUUCUCGGUGAGGACGGUGACAAGGCUCAAGCUAUCAUUGAUGCUGCCAAGGUGUCCAUGGGUCUGGACAUUGCCGCUGCCGAUUUGGAGAUUAUUGCUGGCUUCGCUGAGGCUGUUGUCAAGCAGGCUGAGAAUCGCAAGACCACCUCUGCUUACUUGGAAAAGAAAAUGGGACACGUCGCUCCCAAUCUGCAGGCUCUGAUCGGCACUCCUGUUGCUGCUCGCCUAAUCUCUCACGCUGGUUCCCUCACCAACCUGUCCAAAUACCCCGCCUCUACCCUUCAGAUUCUCGGUGCCGAGAAGGCCCUCUUCCGUGCCCUCAAGACCAAGAGCAACACUCCCAAGUAUGGUUUAAUCUACCACAGCAGCUUCAUCGGCAAGGCUGGCGUACGCAACAAGGGUAGAAUUUCACGGUACCUUGCCAACAAGUGCAGCAUGGCUAGCAGGAUUGACAACUUUUCCGAAGAGCCCUCAACACGAUUUGGUGAGGCUCUCAGACAACAAGUCGAGGAUCGCCUGGAGUUCUACGCCAGCGGCAAGAAGCCCGCCAAGAACGCUGAUGUCAUGAAAUCUGUCAUGUCUGUUCUCGGCGACGGCGCUGGCAAAGACAGCGACGAUGAGAUGGCCGAUGCUCCUGCUUCUGCCAAGAAGGAAAAGAAGGACAAGAAAGAUAAGAAGGACAAAAAGGAGAAGAAGGAGAAGAAGCGCAAGCGUGAUGAGGAAGAAGCUCCUCCAGCAGAUGAUGAUGCCGAGAAGAAAAAGAAGAAGAAGAAGAGAAAGUCCAAGGCUGCCGACGAAGAGUAG